UUGCGCGAGAGCAAUGAUCGAAGCUAUUCGAAUUCCAACAGCUUCGGUGGGGUCGGGAUGAAAUCUCCCAUCUCACAGAGCCGCGGAGAUCCGUCACCCGAGUCCUGCGAGGUAACGAUCACGGGUCAUUGCAGCGAUGAGUAAGCAUGUGUAGAAGGGCGCAGGGUCCUACAAGAUAGCAAUGACUGGUCCUGCGUUUACUGCCUUCGGUAUAGCACUCGAUCUACUAAUACUAUCGUACGAUAAAGAAAGCAAUAUAUAACCCAGAGGGUCACCCGUUUGUCUUUACCACUACCAUUUAUCAUGUCUCUGACUCCACCUUUCACCAAAGAAGGUGCGGAGGCCAAGGUGAAGAAGGCACAAGAUUUGUGGAACACACAGGAUCCGAAGAAGAUAUCCGCUGCCUACACUCCAGCUUGCAUCUGGCGCAAUCGAGACGUCUUCUUCACUGGCACCGCAGCUAUCGAAGAGUUCUUGACCAAGAAAUGGGAGAAGGAGAAGAACUACCGUCUUCGGAAAGAGCUUUUCGCAUUCACCGACAACAAGAUCGCGGUCCAAUUCUGGUAUGAGUAUCAAGAUGCGCACGAUGGCAUGAAGUGGAAACGAUGCUACGGUCUUGAAGAUUGGACCUUCGCGGAUGACGGGCGCAUGCGCAAGAGGCAGAUGAGUGCAAAUGACGUGGAGAUCCGCCCCUCAGAGCGUUGGUUUUCGGGGAAUGUGGACGUCAAUUCCGUUUUAAUUGGCGAGAAGCAUUGGUGAGAAUGAAAUGGCUGCCAGGGAGGACGUUCGGUGUCGCGAGAACGGCUAUUGAACAAGCGCUGCUGCACGCUGCAGAUGCGCUCAAGCUGGUGGUGUGUCGUGUACGAGAACCAGGAUGAAUUUCGUA